GACACCAAUAGUACGGUAAAGGCAAUUCACAUCCUGAGAGAAACAGAUAUUGUUGCAUUUCCUUCCUUCUCUCUAACCGAGAGAGAGAGAGAGAGAGUAUCUGUGUGUGUACUUAGCUUAGAGAGAGAAGCAGAAUGGAGAAAGCACUGACGAAAGUAGGGAGCUUGAAAAGUAGUACAUUCUGGGUUUCCAAAAAAGCCAAAGAAGAGAUCUCCAACAUCUCUCACGAUCUCUCCAAUUUGUCGAGCACUGUUGAAGAAAAAGCAAAAUGGAUUUUCAACAAGCUAAAAGGCAAACCUACAAAAUCUUUGCCUGAUCUGCUGCGAGAAUACAACCUACCUCCUGGUCUUUUUCCCCAAAACAUAACAUGCUAUGAAUUUGAUGAGUCAAAUGCAAAGCUCAUUGUCUACUUUCCAUCCGCCUGUGAGGUCUGCUUUAAGGAUUCAUCUGUUACGCGGUAUGCUACACGUGUCAAAGGAACUCUAUCAAGGGGAAAGCUCACUGGAAUAGAUGGAAUGAAGACCAAGGUCUUGGUAUGGGUCAAAGUCACAAGUAUCAGCGUCGAGAGCUACAAGUCUGAUAAGAUAUGGUUCACUGCUGGAGUGAAGAAAUCAAGGUCCAAAGAUGCAUAUGAAAUGCCUCGUGAUGCUGUUAAAGUUGAAGAAUUUUGAAGAUUUUGACAAAGAGCAAAAAAUAAACAAGUUUCAAAGAGGAUAAACUUUUUGUUUUGUGAAGUUGAUGAUGGUCCUGAAAACUGCUGUUAUGAUUUAAAUCAUUGGUAUAUCCAUUUAAUAGAGAAAGCAAUGUGCAUGUUCAUAGUUCUAAUGGACAUUUCAAGCCUUCUUAUUAGUGCUUGUUUUUAA